AUGGGGUUCGCGAAGCGGUCCCCCGUGGCCAAUGCACGGCGCAAGCAGAGCUCUAAGCGGAGCGCGGUGGCGGGAGCGAUGGCGGAAGUAGCAUCUGCGGUUCACGAGGACGAGAGGGCAGCUGUGGUUACUGCAGCAGGUGAGGCCUCUGCUGAGAGUGCUGCCUCUGCUGACCAUGCGUCUGCCACCACUGCUGCUCCUGCUGUCGCUGUUGCGAUCCCCGAGCGGCCGCCCACCAGAUUUGUGAAGCGGAGCCCGCUCAAGGAUGCGAUGGCGAGGAAACUGGAGGCAGCGGCCGCAGCGGGCGAGCCCAGCGACGAUGAAUCGUUCUCCCUCCCCCCUCUCCCCUCAUGUUCCAUUGUUGGCCAAACACUCAAUCAAUCUCCCUCUCUGUCUGAACAGGAGCUUGUCGAAGCAGCCACGCGAUGGCGUUCGUCACUUCCUCCCCGGCUGCCUUCUAAGUUCAAGCGCCAAUUCCCAAGGUUCCAGUCCAGACCGCGCCCAGGCACCCACUUGACAGAAGUCGUUCUGAACCUGUCUGGUUCUGCUGCUGCUCAGGAGAAACAGCUGGAACCUGCUCCUGUGUCAGAUGCAUCAGUCAGUGCUGCUGAAGAAGUAGCGGUGACCCAAGAAGAAGAUGUAGGAGAUAUCGAGGCGGUGGUGGAAGCAGCGCCGAAUGGAAAGAGGGAGAUUAACUUUGAGAAGGCGAAUCGCAACUGCACCGACCCCUUCCAGUUUGAAAACAUCCGCAAGGAGCCCUGCGCGUGUACGCCUUCUGACUAUGCGAAGGAGUACUCGAAAGGGGAUGAUGGCAAAUGCUACUUGCAGUAUCGCCCAAGCAAGUUGAAGCCUGUCCCAUGCACAGAGGCGAACGUGAAGAGCAUGUACCUCACGUGCGACUACAUCCGUGACCCAGCCACCAAUCAGCAGCUCUCCAAGACUCGCAUGAUCCAGGUGGUGUACUAUUUCGACAAUCAGUGCAACCCUGCUGCUCGUGGCUCCCUUGCCCUCCCUCCCAGCGACUACAUUCCUUGCGGCUACUAUAGCAUGGGAGGCGGGUUCCGUUAUGAUGCCUUCAAGGACCUCGACCCCAAGGUCUUCCAGGUCUUUGAAAGGUCUUAUGAUGUCUUCAAGGACCUCGACCUCAAGGUUUUCCAGGUGGGAGCCAUGCUUGAUAAACAACAGAGUGCUCGUUCAGCAACAACACGGGCACGUUCCCGUGUGAGGGGUGGUAUGCGGAGGAGGGGCAGCAUGUGUGCCCCAGCGUCCCUGCUUCUUCUCUCAUUUCCCUCCGCUCCGCCGCCAAUUCCUGCCGCCCUCCCCCUGGUUUCACCCAUUGCCAUGCAGACAGAGUGCUCGUUCAGCAACAACACGGGCACGUUCCCCUGUGAGGGGUGGUAUGCGGAGGAGGGGCAGCUGAAAGUGGGCUCCUACGACCCUGCCAACUACUGGCUCGAGGAGGAGUGUGCGUACUUCACCAACAUGACGUGCCACAACAACCUGCAGUCCUCGCUCAAGCUGCCACUCACUCUCGUCAGGGACGGGACCAGGUACGUCACAUUCCGCUUCACAGUGAGCUCAGAGCGGUAUGUCACAUUCCGCUUCACAGUGAGCUCGGAGCGGCAGCGGGAUGGACUGGUGUUCUAUAUCGACGACCUUAACACCCCCGCCAUGCUGCUGGCUUACAACCAGGAGGUCCGCUUCCCCCUGGCAGCAGGAAGGCACACGCUCGUGUGGGCGUAUGUCAAGGACUCGUCGUUCACACAAGGCAGGGACUCUGCCGCCCUACAGUUUCUGGAGGUGGACGGCAUUGCAUUCACCGACUCAGCCUGCCUCAAAUGCCCUGCCGGCUUCUUCAGUGGGGAGCAAGCCACCAACUGCACAGCAUGCCCUCCCGACCACAUCUCAGCGGAGGGGUCAGGCCAGUGCGAGGCGUGCAACAGCACCACGUUCGCCCUCGCCACACCCCGCACCCAAUGCACCCCACGCCCUCUGUGCAACGUGACAGUAGACGCCACGCCCACCUUCACCCCCUGCGUUGCCUCCUCGCGCACGCGCACCAGGGUGUGGUCGUGGCUCUCCCCUCAAGUCUGCCAGCCCGACCCCGCCCAUGGCCUCCCUCCCAACACCACCGAGCCAUGCGGUAACCGCCUCUCUUCUCACACCACUGCCUCUCCACUGAGUCUUGGCUACAGCCCGGCUCUGCACGUCUCUGUAGUGCAUGGAUCAGUGGUAUUGGCGCUGACGCAGGGCGUGCCACUGCCUCCAUGCAUCUCUCUGUCUCUACCACUCAUUUCUCAGCACAUGCCUCUCUCCCUUUCUGUUGGCACAUAUCUCUCCUCCCUCCCUCUGGCCCCGUGGCAGUACGCAGUUGUGGAUUCUGCCACUGACACUCUCACCUGCACCUUCUGCCCCACUGUACGCCCUCGCCCCACCCACUCUCUUGGCCGUCUGCCCAGCCACUCUGUGCCUUCACUCUCUGCCUUCACUCAUUCUCUCUGCCAUCUGCCUCUAGCCAAUCCCUGCUUCGGCACAGCGCGGAACGUCUCAGAAGCACCAACAGUACAACCACUCCCCCCUCCAGGCGCGGCUGCCCCUCCCUCUGCAGCCCCCUCAACCACAUCGGACGAAACUUGCCACCCGUGCCAGCCUGGCGAGGCAGCAGUGAGGAUGCUCUUGCUGGAGCACUUCCGCACCGUGGAAGAGGGGAAGCUUCCCAGCGGCUUCCAGACUGGAUGCAGUGGGGAGUGUGGGUCAGGCGGGUGGCGAGUGGUGGGGGAUUAUCUGGACUCGGGGGCGAAUAACGGCAAGACUGCCUCUGUGUGGCUGGCACUCACGGUGAAUCUCACCAUCCCCGGCUACAUCACAUACGACUUUGCUUGUCUAUGUGCCACCCAAGCUCACCCCUCCCCACCACUCUCCCUUGUCUCUGCAGGUGUGGCUGGCCCGCUCACAGUGAAUCUCACCAUCCCCGGCUACAUCACAUACGACUUUGACGUGUGGCUGGCACUCACAGUGAAUCUCACCAUCCCUGGCUACAUCACAUACGACUUUGACGUGGACAUCCCUCCUGGCGACCUGCAGCGCGGACUCUUCUUCUACGUGGACGACAACCUGCUCGAGAACAUCGAGGACGGGGGCAGCAUGGGCGUGAGCGUGCCAGUGGGUCGCAGCAGCAGCCAGCAUUGGCCGCUGGCAGCAGGCAGCCACCGCAUCAUGUGGGUGUGGGUCACCCUCAACGCCGAUCGCACCUCCGUCGAUCGCUCCUCUGCCAUCCUGCACAGCGUGCGCGUGUGGGGGGCGGCACAGGGGGCGCGCCCGGGUGUGUGCGCAUCCCUGCAGGCGCGCAGAAGGGGCAGAGCGGGGACGCGUGGGAGGAGUGUCCUGCUGGGUAUUACAGUGAGGGCGGGGAAGGGCUGUGCCAGAAGUGCCCUGCCAACACCUUCAACCCGAAACCUGCGGUUAGUUUUACUCUUUGGCUCCUUAAGCAAAGGGCAGAGUGAGGAUUGGUGGGAGGAAUGCGCUGCUGCUGGGUUUUACAGUGAGGGCGGGGAAGGGCUGGGGCAACCGCACAGCCUGCCAGCCGUGCGGCCUGGGAACAUCUUUCGCAUAGGGGACGUCACGUCGCCCUCCUCUUUCUGCACCUUCAUUGUUCGCUCCUUCAACUCCACCAACACGCUCCUCUACGACCUCUCACCUCCCUCUCAGUCAACCUUUUUUGCAUCUCGCCCUUUGCUCUACCUUCCCCUGCCACCAUCUCAGGGCAACCGCACUGCUUGCCAGCCGUGCGGCCUGGGCACAUCCUCUCUGGAGGGCAGUGCGGAGUGCGCCAUAGGGGACAUCACCUCGCCCUCCUCCUUCUGCACCUUCAUCGUCCGCUCCUUCAACAGUACAGACACGCUCCUUUACGACCUCUCCCCCCUCGCGCACCAGAACCUGGGCCGCCUCGUGGGGCCCAUAUACGAAGGCCCAUCCUUUGUAGACCUGCAGAAGGGUCCUAAGUACUAUGUGUCGGUGUGUGCUCGCAGCAACAGUGAUAACGCUGUGUAUCGCCCUGUCGCUUCCUCUGCUGCUGCUGGGGGUGCUGGUGUUGGGGGUGGUGCGGCUGGGGGUGGUGGUGUGUGGAGUGGUGAUAGUGGUGGUGGGAAGGGGGGCAGGGGCGGCAAGGGAGAGAGAGCGAACACGAAGUACCCGUGCAUCAUGUACACUGGGAAGCCCCUCAACAACACUUAUGUGUGCCGGAUCAACCCGAAUCUGAAUGAGCACAGCACAGCCACAUCGGCCCACAGCCUGGGGGACACCGUGUCACUGGCCCCUUUGGGGAGCUUCUCCGAGCCGCAGCUGCAGCGGCGAGGGCUGGUGAUGUCGUUCCACGGAGAGAGCUGCCCGAUGUCCGACGCCCCCAGCACCUUCAACCUCACCUUCAUCUGUGACCCCGAGGCUGGCUACGGCCACCCAGAGCCAUGGACGGAGGGGGGCAAGAAGGCAGCUCUGAACCCGACCCUCUCCUACCCGGCAUGGGCCAAUCGGUCGGGCGAUGUCAUCCCCGUGGGGCGCGAGGCGCCUGUCUCAUGCCUGUUCCAGAUGGUGUGGUACACGGCGUAUGCGUGCCCGCUGUGCACUGUGCUGGAUAUGGAUCCUGUUGCCGUUGCCAACUGCAUCGACAACAAGCGCUUCACCUACAAAUACAAGACGCCAAGGCUUUGCCAGCCAAAUCCCCAGGUGCCCUUACCUCCUGAUGAGUACUGCCUUCCCUGCACCAAGGACGACUACCAGAGAUUUGAGGACUCUUGCACCGACGCCAACGGUGUGCACAACGUAACAUACAUCUGGAAGCUCCCGAAGACUUGUAACGAGGACCUUUCUGGAGCGGAGAAGCUUCCGGAAGGGACACUGGCGGGGAUUUGUGACAUGGAGGUCAAGCUUUCCGUGCACGUGGGAGGCAACGCCACCAUCAGCGGCAGCAAUGACCGUCAAAUCCUCGCUCUCGAAGCCAGCUUCGGCGCGGGGCUUCCGAAGACCAAGGCUGACGCGCUCUCCUUCUCCCUUGCGCAGAUGCAGCCCCUGCUUGCUUGUUCCGACCCCCCUGCCUCCUCUCCCUUCAGUACGUGCGCUCAGAGCCCCUUUCAGGGCCAGGCAGUGUUAGUGCAGCGAGGCGACUGCAGCUUCGCCUCGAAGGCCCUCCGCGUGCAGCGGCUGGGAGCAGCUGCUGCCAUCGUCAUCAACAGUGAAGAAGGUAUCAUUGGCAUGGGUUGCAACGCAACAGACUUGACUGAAGGCGUUGUGACUAUACCGGUGGUCAUGGUCUCCAACUCGUCAGGCCAAUUCCUCCUUCAUGCCCUCUCCAACGCCUCCGCCUCCCCCUCCGCCUCCGCCUCCGCCGCGCCAGUCACUGUGUCCCUGUACGCGCCUCCGCGGUCACUGCUGGACCUGGCAGAGCUGGUGCUGUGGGCGCUGGCGCUGCUGUCGCUCGUGGGCGCGUCCGCGUGGGCUGCCGCGGAGGAGAAGGCCGCGCUGGAAGGAAGAGUGGCGCGGGGCAGUCCCUGGCGGACCAGCCCCAGGGCGGCCCCUCGGGAGCAUUACGAUAUCCACAAAGGCGACUCCUCGGGAGCGUAUGACAUGUCAGUGGGGGUCAGCAGUGGGUUUCGUGUGGUGAUGUCGUCUGUCAUGCUGCUGCUGCUCUUCUUCCUCAUGUCGCCCCUCGUCUUCUACAUCAUCCUCACGCUCUUCUGCGUUGCGGCGCUCGAGUCGCUCUAUGUGUGCCUCUCCUCGCUCCUCCACAGGUCUGUCAACCUUUCCUCUUCCUUAUUCCCGCCCUCUUCCUUGCUCCCUCCCGUUCCUUGA